AUGGAGACGAAUGAUUCAAAUCUGAUACCUUUGUGUUCAGGUUUCAAAGAAAAGCAUAACAGUAUUUGCAUUUUUGGAACUGGUGAUUUUGGACGAUCUCUAGGACAUAAACUGCUCCAGAAUGGAUUUUCUGUAAUAUUUGGAAGUCGAAAUCCUCAUGCUGCUGCUAUGAUUCCUAAUGGAGUUGAAGUGUUAUGUCAUGCUGAGGCAGCGCAGAAAUGUUCCAUUAUCUUCCUGGCGAUUCAGAGACACCAUUAUGAUUUUCUCACUGAGAUCACUGACGUUUUACAAGGGAAAAUCUUAGUGGAUGUCAGCAACAACCUGAAAAUCAACCAAUAUCCGGAGUCAAAUGCAGAAUACCUUGCGGGAAUUGUACCUGGAGCUAUAGUAGUAAAAGCAUUCAACACUGUUUCUGCAUGGGCUCUGCAGUCAGGCACUUUGGAUGCAAACAGACAGGUUUUUGUGUGCUCGAAUGACAGCAAAGCAAAGUAUGCAGUCAUGGAUAUUGUACGAGGUAUUGGACUGACGCCACAAGAUCAUGGAUCCCUCAUGGCCUCUAAGGAAGUAGAAAACUAUCCUCUGCAGCUGUUCCCAAUGUGGAGAAUUCCCAUCUACAUCUGUGGAGGACUGACUGUUUUUGUAUUCCUUUACUGUGUUUUACGUAGUGUGGUCUAUCCCGCUAUCAAUGAUAAAAAAGACUUGUCAUAUUACAUUGUUGUUUCCAUCCCAAACAUGGUCUUUCCCAUUGUCUCACUAAUUUUAUUUGCAUUGGUUUACCUUCCUGGAGUGUUUGCUGCCGUUCUCCAGCUAUACAGAGGAACAAAGUACAGACGUUUUCCUAACUGGCUUGACCAAUGGAUGUUAUGUCGCAAACAGCUUGGGCUGGUAGCCCUGGCAUAUGCAUUUCUCCAUGCUAUAUAUACCCUCAUUAUCCCAAUUCGGUACUCUGUAAGACAUAGGAUCAGCAGCUUGACCAUUGCACAGAUACAAACCAACCAAACCAAGGAAUUUAUCCACAGCUCUGCUUGGAGGUCUGAUUUAUAUUUGGCUUUCGGAAUUCUUGGAUUCUUCUUCUUUGUUAUUUUGGGAAUAACUUCAUUACCCUCUGUCAGCAACUCAGUCAACUGGAGGGAAUUUCGAUUUGUUCAGUCAAAACUUGGGUAUCUCGCAUUGGUGCUGUGUACAGCGCAUGCUCUAAUCUUCGGUUGGAAUAGAUUCCUGAAUUUUUCUCACUACAGGUGGUACAUGCCACCUCCUUACACCUUGUCUCUUGUUGUUCCUUGCGUUGUGCUCAUCUUGAAGUUCAUAUUGAUAACUCCCUGCUUGGAUAAAAGAAUUACAAAGAUCCGUCAAGGAUGGGAAAAACCUUCCAAAGCUCCGAAACAAACAAAGUAUGAAAAUAGUCAUAUCACAAUAUAGGAUGGAAUAUAGGAUGGAAUUACAGAUGGAAUAUGUUGUUUGAACUGAGCAUUUUAUCAAAUUAUUACCAGUUAUUGAUUUAUUAAAAAAGAGCAGUGAUUAAUAAAUGAAUUGUCUUUUGUUCACUGUGUAAAACAAUGUGUACAGUAGAAAUUCUGUGGUGGUAAAAGAUGGGAAUGGCCUAUAUUGUACAGAAUAUGUCUAUAUUGUCACUGAAAAACAUGAAUGUCUCGUAUACUUCCAUCAACAUGCUAGUCACAGAUCAAGCAAAUUUAGUUUUAGAAAAAUGGUUUGACAGCAGAACUUUUCAUUCAAUUUCAAUAGAGCUCUGAUCAGAGGCUUUAUAGAGGAGCAAUAUCAAUUUGGAAUUUUAGCGGAUCACAACAGGUUCGCUAUCUGCCCAAGAGUUCCCGGAAAUUCCUGCUGUCCUCCGGUCGGGUAUAGGUAGCGGUGGCAGCUUUCAGCAAUCCCAAUGCCGCCAGCAAGGAGAGGGGACACGCAGAUAUAACUUCUACACCUCCCAGGAACAGAGUGAGCCCUCUCGGCUCCAUCAGGCAGGGGCAGGGUGAGAUGUGAAAGAGGGGUGUAAAUGGUACCUUCACAAUAACAUAAUUCCUUGAACAUUUAUAUAGUCUGCAGAAUAAAUGUUACUGUUCUCUCUAGUCUUCUUUUGCUAACAAAUGUAAUAAUGCAAAUGUACUUCAACCAAAAAUAAAGACUUGCAACAUGCGUGA